GUUUGUUGUUUUGGCGGUCGCACAAUUUAAAGCAUUAUAACCUCAAUUAAUUUGACAUGUUUACAAUUAGAAAAUAAUUAUUAAAAUGACUAAUUAUAAUACAAUAACAACUGUUCACGUCAAAAAAUUAAGUCAUACAAUAGAGGAAAUUAGAUUAAGAGCUUUGGAUAAUAUUAUUUCCAAAUUUAGUCUUGGUUUUGGUUGUGAUUGCGAUGCUGUCAAAAAAGAAUUGGUUGUCAAACUUCUUAAUUGGUUUUCGUUCGAAAUCGUCCCCAGUCCGGAAAAAGUACUCGAUUUAUUGCUCGUUUUGAUAAAGACAAAUGGUUCGAGUUAUUUGAAUGCUUUUGGAAAAUUACGAUUUCAAAAUGAACUUCAUACUCUGAGAAAGAAAAUUGGUGGCAAAUGGCAUGGUAAAUUAAAUGAAAUUGAAGAAACUGUAUUGAAUUUAAAAGAAGAUACGCCAAUUGAUUCUACUUCUAAUGAUAUCAAGGCACCAAAUUACCGUAAUGAAUGUGUUGAUAGUAAUGAUUAUCAGUAUCAAAAUGAUGGACUCAAAAUUCAAGACCAAUACAAUUCUAUUCUUCCCUCAACAUUAGACAAUUCAGUACCAUUUGAUUUGACUUUGCAAUGUGGAAGUGGAACGAUAGUUUCGAAAAAAAUUGAAGGUGGUAUAAAGUGGUUGGUGAUGCCCUGGCAACCAUUAGUUCCUUCGGAUAUAGGUGUCUUGUCUGCAGUUGAGGAAACUCUAACGAAUACACUUGAAACAAAUCUUAUUUUACAUACUUGUCAAUUUAUCACAAAUGUUAUGCUACAGGAUUUUCCAGCAGAAGUUUUUCUUCAAAGACCCUCGAUAGUUUUGGUACUACAUGCUUUACUUAAUUCGAGCGAUAUUGACACUAAUGUAAAUUUAAAAGACGUUAUAUUGGUGGUGUUAAAGGCCUUGCACAAACUAACAAGGUCCCUUAGGUUUAGAAUUUAUUAUUACUGCGAUCCUUGCGUUGCAAAUAGGAAGCAAAAGGAAUUAUCGAGAAAUUUAGAGAGUAAUAAUUAUGCUUCCUCUGAAGACAGAGACAGUCCAGACGGAGGUUUAUUGGAAGCAAAUUAUCAAGUUUAUCAAUCGGCGGGAACGAGUGACAGAAGUCACAGUGUAAUUGGAAAUGUGGACGAGUCAGUGUUACAACUACAACAAAUGUUAAUUCCAACUUUUUGCGUGGAAUCAUUGAUGAGAGUAAUUUCAUUGUUGAGUCUUCCUGAUGAUCCAAAAAGGCAAUUAAAAAUUAAUAAACACAUAACUGAUUUAAGUUACGAAUUAAUUCAACUAUUAAUACUAAGUGUAAUGCCAAAUAUUUGGUUGUGUACCGAUGGUGUUGCUCUAAAAUUACAAGAAGAACUCAAGGAGAUGUUAAAAUUAUUGAGCGAAGUGUCGGAUUAUUUUGGCAAUUACAGCAAUGUUGAUCAUUGUCGUAUAACUUAUUUACAUUUAAUCACUAUUAUCACAAAACUAUUGAGUAAUAUCGUUCCACUUGAAUUGGCCGAUGUUAUUCUACCGAAGGAAUUAAAAUUAACAAUUUGCGUCGCUUGCAUGGACGCAUCUAUUUAUUUAAUGUAUCCAUCGUUACAUCUCCUGUUGCAAGAUUAUGCGAGGCAAUUUUCUGGAAAUGAAGAAGUGGAAUGUAUUAAAUUAUUAGACGAAACACGAACGAUUAUAAAAUCAAUGAAAGCCGCAUUAUUAUUAUUGAAAAGUUCUCCAGAUGAAUCACAUGUGGAAACUUUAAAACUGAUUUACUCUUCGAAAUUGAGUCUUUCUUAUCACAAAAAUUUGGGACUAAUUAAAGUCAUCGUUUCCUUUCUACAACGAUUAAAUGAAUACAAACUUAAUUCUGAUGAUAGGAAAAUUGCAACAAAAUUAACGGCUGGAUUAUUUGCUUAUGCAGAUUUAGAAAUUCAAUGUUCCAUGUAUCAAGAAUGUUAUUCGGCUGUUGUCUCAAUUUUAGGUGUUGAAUUCACAAGAGAUAAACGAAGUUGGGAAAAUUUGGGAUUUUUAUUUGAACCUUUAAUAAUGACUGAAAUAAUUUGUCAUGGCGUAACACACGAGAAUGAAAAGAUAAAAAAUAUGGCGGAGGAAAUGUUAGUGUAUAUUCUCAAGGGCAAAAUUCAAAUGGGUGAAACUGGUUGGAUGAAAAUUUUAGAAUCCAUUGUUCCUGUAUUGCCACUUUUGCAAUGUUUUUGGAACACUGAAACCCCAUUGGGACAAUGUGUUGUAAAAAUGAUCGAUCCUGAUAUUUCCAAUGAUAUUCAACUUCCUUAUAUUGAGGUUUUAAAGGGUAAUUUGAGACUUCUUUUUUCCCCUGAUCCGGAAGUAAGAGAGGAAGCAGUUUGUCGAUUAAUUUGGUUACUUGGGAAAGAAAACGGCUCCACUCAGAAAUUACCAAGAUUGUCCUCUUUGCACGGAUUGCCAUUGAAUUCUCUUUGUAUUUUUGAUCGAAUUGCUCCGUUUAAAAGACCCGACGGAAGUUAUCAAAGAAGCAGUUUAAUGUCCGUUCUUGAUAUGCUAAAAACAACGAGCGUUGAACCAAAAAUAAGAAAAUCGGCUUUAAUUCAAGUUAGUGUAAUGAUGACUGAUGUUUCUUUACAUAAACUUUUCAUCGCUGAAAAUGGUUUAAAGAUAAUAUUGGAAAUUUUUGCGAGUGCAUUGGUUGAAAAAGAUUAUUACAACUAUCCAGAUUCUGUUAUACCAAUAUUGACAAUUUUACGAUUGGUUUGCGCAUCAGAAUCUUCAAUUCGUCGGGAAUUAUCCACUAGAAUUGAUUUAUAUUUCAAUAUUCUCCGAAGUUUAUUUCUUUUUCCCAAUAAUGAAUCUGUGAAAGUUGAUGCAUCUCAACUUUUGUGUCUACUUGUUUACAAUGAAUUUAUAAUAAGAUUGGGCGAAAAAUAUGUGGAUAAAAAUAAUCCACUAAAUAUUUCUCUACCAUAUUUAAUAGUGAAGAAAAUGAAACUUCCAUUUGUGUGUAAAAAUCAUUGGAAAUCGAGUAUUCAUCGAAGAUCUGACGUUGCUGUUCUUCAUGGCAGUAAUAAUUUGGCAAUUAGUUUUGUGAGAAUAUUUUGGGCCUGGGAAUGGAAUGGUGGACGUAAAAUUUUAUGGAAAUCUUGGAAUGACGUGAACGAUAGUGAAAUUGCGGAAAAAUUAAUGAUACGAGAAUUUGAAUUCACUUCACUUCAAUUUAGUUGUGCAUUUUUUCAAUCUCAACAACAAUUGCGUAAUAUUCAAAAUUCCACAACUCACGAUGGAGUGUCCUGUGCGCUUGAUUAUUUAACAAUGUACGUGAAAUUAUAUCAUAUGAUGACAUAUGAAAAUUUAGAGGACAUGAGUGAUUUACCAUGGGGACAAUCGUUUGAACGUUUUUUACUUUCUCAUCCUGCAAGUAGAGAAGAUUGUGAACUUUUUGUUAAUGUUUUAAAUUUUCUCUACGUCUACGUGAAUCAAAUUAAAAAUGGAAAAACUGGAUGGCUUUGUAAAAUAAUGAAAAAUAUGACAAAAUCAUUGUCAGAUUUAUUGAGAAGUUUAGAUACAGCCAAUCAAGAUGUUCAUCAGUCGGUUUUGCGAUUAGCGAGAUCAUGUUCAGCGAGUGAAGAAUAUGCAAUUGAAGAUGAUGAAUCGCAGGAUUCUUGGAUUAAUUUCAUUGAACUUGUUGUAUCUAAUUUGUGUUUUGGUGAUCAGCAACAUUUUUAUAACUUGGCGUAUCUUGAUUGGCUUUUGACGUGUUUAACAUAUUUAAUUGGCAAGUGCCAAUGGCACGGUCAUAAAAAAGUCCUAAUAAGUCUUGGAAAUGCGUUGAUAGAACUGAUUAUCUCUUUUCAUGGUGCGGGAACCGUCAGUUUUAUGGGACUCUCAAUUACAAGAAAUUCAAUAAUUUGCUUGAAUCAUUUACUUCAUCAAAUGCAAAUUAAUUUAACUAAAAGUUCUUGGACAACUUUUUGGUAUGAGGAGGGAAGAUCAUUGAGUUGGUUACCAAUGUUGUGGAAAAAUAGAGAUCCUUUAGUACGCGCAUCAGCCUUUCAAUUACUUGCUGGUUUAAUUAGUGGAAUGCAUACAGCUUCACAGCUUUUAAGUGCCGUUGUUCUUGCUCCAAGUGAAUUAUGUCACUCUCUCAUUUAUUGCAUAACAAAUCAAAAAGAAUGUUGUAUUGUUAAAGAGGAAGCGUGCAUUGCAUUAAGUAAUUUGAUUAAAAAUUGCAAUACAUCCGCUUAUCAAUAUGUGGAUUCUUUAAAACCAAAUGCAAUAAUUAUUUACAUUGAGCAAAGUAAUUUUUACUAUGAAAUAAGUGCUCUUUGUUCAAAUUGCUAUGUGCGCGCUACUUUAGAUCCUGAGGCAUUAAAUUUUCAACAAAAUGAAAGUUCAAAAACACAAUCAGCCGAAAGUUCGAGUCUUUCAUUGGUACCUAGAGCUAUUUCAUAUCUUUACAAUUGUCCAGAGGAUUUACAAAUUCUUUCUUUGAAAGACUCGGAAAUAAUGGAUGAAGAAAAUUACCAUCAUUUUGUAGCAACUCCAUCUUUAAUUUCUUCACUUUGCAAUUUACUGAAUAGUUUGAUAAUUGUUGGAGAACACGAAAUCAUACAACAAAUUUACGAACAUUCAUUAGACAAGUAUUUAUUCAGUUGCUUUAAGGAAAUUCCAAAAAAUAUCGAGUGCAAGAAAAGUUUGGAAAAUUAUUGUGAUAUUUUGGAAAUGUACACGAGUCUUUGUACAGUAUUGACAAAUUGCAUUACUCAUAGCAAUGAAUUUGCGUCAGUUGUUUCAUUUUCACCAGAUUCCAUUUAUCUGCUUCUUUCGUUUCUCGAUAAGAAACUUUAUUAUACCGUGAGUCCAAGAUUAAUAUAUUUACGAAAUCGUUUUUGGAUAGAAAUAUACAAUUUUUUAGCCGUCCUCUCAUUAACGGAAAAUCAACAUCUCGAAACAAUGCAAACGGCAUUAGAAUUAUAUAAUCCAGAAAUUGUAAUUAAUUCAAUUUACGAGGCAAUGAGAAAUUCAGCAUCUGAAUUGCAAAUGAGUGCAAUUGGAUGUCUUGCAUUUUUAUUGUCACAAGAAUUGCAAAAAGACACGGAAAAAGGGACAUUCUCAUUGAAAUUAGUUCUUGACACAAGUCACACUUCAAUGACAAUUAAAAAUAAAGAUUGCAGUAUGCAAAAAAUUUUAUCAAAUGUUAAUAAAUUGUCAAUAAAAAAUUCCAAUUUACAUAUUAGAAAAUCAAAUGAAUUUUGUGAAGAGCAAAAAAUUUCAAAUGGCAUCACAAAAUCAUCACAUCACGAUAAUAAUCAACAAAAUCUCACAAUUGGCUCUGAGAUCUGUAAAAUUCUUUUACAUUUAUUUAUUGCUCAUAGCUAUGCAAAAACAAAAAAAGCCGAUAAACAAUCAAAGGACAAGGAUCUUAUUGUUGGAACGUUAACGAAUUUACUUUGCGUUUCGGUGGAGGCAAAAAAUGUGGCAAUUGAAGAAGAUUUACUUGAAACUUCACUUAUGAUGCUCAAGGAAUUGUACGUGAAAUUAAAUCUUCAACCAUUUGAAUUGUACAGAAGUCAGACUGAUCGUGAGAAAAAGGUUCAUCCAUUGUUACAUGAAGUGAAUGCCAUUUUUGUAUUGUUAAUGAAUUUCAUGUACAGGAGCGUUCAGGUUAAAGAAAUAUUUGCAAAAGCUGGUUUAGCUGACGUUUUACAUAAAUUAUGGGCCUGGAUCGCUUUACACAAAAGCGUUUUAAUAUCCGGAUUGAAACUGAUUGCUACUUUUACCACCGAUUGUCCUGAAGCCGCUCAAUCAUUGCCAUUAACUACGACAUUACCUGGGACAGGACUUCGAAAAACACCAAAUACUGUUGCAUUGAUACAUGUUAUCAUUCAUUUAGUCUGCAAGGAAAUUGAAAAGGCAGGACAAUUAUUUGAAAACGAAAAAUUACAUUUUGCAUUUCAUGCUCUACGAAAUUCGGUUCAUAAUCACGAAUGCCGAGUUGCAAUUUCAAAGAGUAAUCUUCUGCAAUUUUUUAUGAAAAUUCAUCCAACAAGUACCAAAAGAGUGAAACCAUGGCCUUUAGUUGAAAUAUAUUGUCUCGAAUUUCUUAUUGACUUUACGUAUUACGAGGAAGGACAAUUAAGUGUUUCAAAAGCAGUUGAUGGUUUGGAUGUUCUUAUACAAUUGGCACGAUGUUCCACACCAUCGACACGAAUUUUGUCAUUAUCAACCCUCAGAAAUGUGGCAUUUAAUUCAACGAAUCGACCUCGACUUUUAACAUCAGUGGAUUUUAUUAAUCUUCUUCACACAACAUUUAAAACCGGCUCAACAGUCGAAAUUGGAGUUGUUGGUUCAAUGCUGUGGUCAUUGAUUAGUAAUAAUCAAAAAGGAAAAUUGAUAGCUCGAAGUACGGGAUUCGCUCAGAGUAUUCAGGAAGUACUCGGUAAAUUAACACUAAUAACAGUGCCUGAAGAAAAUCAAGAGAAAGACUUGAUCAAAAUGUUACAGUACAUAUUACAAAUUCUAAGUCCUGGCGAAAACAAAAAUGAUCCCAGCUAAUAUUGACUAGGUAGGAAAACAAAUAUUAUUUUUUUUGUAAACGAACACAAAAAAGUUCAAUAUAUAUUAAACAGAUAAAAAUAUAUUUUUUUUUUUGUAAAUAAGCUAACAAUUUUUUGUACUUAACUCUACAUCACAUUAUCAUUAUAUUUAUUAGUUUCCGAAUUAUUCCAAACGAGAUAAUAUUUUAAAAUCAUUUCUAUUAAGAAAAAUGUGUGUCAUAUUUAGUUGUUGUAAUAACGACUUCUUUUCUAUUAGCUUAUAUUGAUUUUUAUUAUAGUUUUCUAUAUAAACGUCUGUCCGUCUGUGAGUGCAAAAAAAAAAUUUCAACUAACUUUUUAUAAAUGAAUGUGAAAAGUUUGAUAUUAUUGAUUAUAGAUAUUAAUUUUAGAUAGUAAUGAAUUUUAAAAGAGGGACUGACUAUUUUUUACCAUUUUACUAUUAAUAAUGCUUGUAUUUUGUACAAAUUUUUAAAUAUUUUAAAAAUAAAUUUGCAAAAAUGUAACAA